AUGGCGGCAGUCCUGCAGUUGUGCGUCGACGAACUCUGCUGGGUGUACCACAUCGCAGCGGCCACAAAAUGGCCCAAGCGCCUGACCGACAUGCUGCAGCAUGACAAGUUGUUCACAUUUGCCGGUUUCAGCAUUGAAAGCGACAAAGAGAAGCUGAAGUUGUCCGGUAUGGAGAUCAACCCCAACAAGUUCAUCGACAUUCAGCGCAAGUGGAGAGUUCCAUACACCGGAAAAGAGUACGACUCCUUGACUGAUGUUGCAGCCAGCGUCAUCCACCCAUUCUACAAAGGCAUGAAGAACAAGAUCAGCACGCAGGAAGACUACAAACUGUGGGGGACAAGCGAGCUGCCAGACAACCUCAUCGAGGACGCAGGAGUAGAUGCGUACGCCGCGUAUAAGUCAUGGUUCAUGAUCGACUACAUCACAGAUGGUUCGGAAUUUGCAAAAGAGCGGGAGGCUAACAACUUCUACGACCACCCCUAUUGCCCCUUUACGGGAUGA